GGAGAGAGAUAGAAAGAAAGAAAGAAAGAAAGAAAGAAAGAAAGAAAGAACAAACGAAAGCAAGCAAGCAAGCAAGAAAGAGAAAAAACUGCCUCUCUUUUUUCCGACGGAGCACCUCCAUCCCAUGAUCUCAUGAAUAAAUUAUAGCGACUCAUUGUGCAAUAGAGGGAGGAAUGCAGUCGAGCAGACUUGCGCGCACACGUACACACACACACACACACGCACGCGCACGCAGGAGCAGCAGCAGAAGCAAAGCGAGAGCAGUCUCCACUCUUUGGAGUUACACAAAAACAUUUCAUUAAAACACACAAAUGCUGGGAGACGGAAGGCUUAGGGUGUUUCAUUCCACAGCAUAUGGAUCAUACAGAUAGGAAUCCGACACGUUCACAAAUAAUAUGAUCCAGUUUUAACGGUUUUAACGUUACUCGCGCGGCUUCCGAUAUCUGAGGUAAACGUAGAUAUCCAAGAAAAGACAGAAACGGUGGCGUUUUUAUCAUUUUCAAUUUAGCAAGGAUCGAAAUUGGUCAUCAUCGUUUGUUUUUGAACAUUUCGAGAGGAUUUUUCUCACAAGCAAAGCCGAACACGGAAUCAAAUCCAAGCGAACAGAUCAACCUCGGGCAGCCGGAGUGGAAGACUGCCUGCUAGGUUGAGGAGAUUCGGGGUGCCCCAUAGACCCCUAGGUUCCUCCGAUGAACCCCAUCAACUCCAUGAAACCUGCCCUGCCUCCAACGCCACACAGUGACGGCUCUUACACAUAUGAUCCUGUCCCCUGGCAGCAAGGCCCCAAUCAGCCUGCCGGCUCCCUCUCUGUGGUAACCACAGUGUGGGGGGUAACCAAUCCUACACACAGCCAGGUUUUUGGUGCUCCCAUGGGUCCGGGCGGAAACUCAGCUGGUGGUCACAUGAUGCCUGGCAACAGCCCGGGCAUGAACUCCCCUCAGUUCAUGAGCCAGCAGGGCUACCCCGAGCCCAACAAGGGCUUCAUGCAGCAGGGCAUGUACGGGCGGCCCAGUGGGGGAUACCCGGCCGGGCCUGGAUAUGGGGGCAGUUACCCGAAUAACGGAGGGGGUUCCCUCGGGAUGCCACCCCAUGGAGUGCGCCCGCCCACCGACUUCACCCAAGCGGCCGCAGCAGCUGCCGUGGCCGCAGCCGCUGCCACAGCCACGGCCACCGCCACAGCAACUGUGGCUGCGAUACAGGAGAAGCAAAACCAGGAGCUGAACUACGGGCCUAUGGGUGGUGCUUCCUCUUACAACACCCAGUUCCUGUCGCACUCCGGACCCCGGGGCCCACCCGGCAUGGCUCCCUCUGGAAUGGUCGGCUCCAGACCCCCUUCAAUGGGACCCAUGUACGCACAGCAGGGCCAGAGGAUGCCUCAGCAUCCCGGCUACCCUGGAGGCCAGCAGGGUCCUCCGCGCCACCAGCAGGGCCUGAAACGCCCCUACAACUCUGAUGGAUUUCCGGGUCAGCAGUACGGCCCCGGGAUGGGAGCUGGGGGCCCGUACCCAGGCCAGCCCAUGCAGUACCAUGGCCCUGGACCACAGCGGUCCGCUCCUUCCCCGUCUUACCCAACCCACCGAAUGCCCCUCCAGCAACCCAAUAUGGGCCAGUAUCCUGCAGGACCAGGAAACCCCAACCAGUACUACAAGCAGGCGGACCAGUUUAACGGACAGGGCAACAGCCACAGCAGUCUGUCCUCGGGAGUUUCGGGAGGCGGGUACAACACCUUCAACCAAGCUGCCGUCAAUGGGCCUGGACGUGCAAUGCCAGGAUACCCCAGCUCUCCUCUCCCAGGAAACCCCACUCCUCCCAUGACCCCUGGCAGUUCGAUGACCCCGUAUUUGUCCCCCGGCCAAGACGUCAAAUCGCCCUUUCUACAUGACGUCAAGCCCAACAUUAACUCUUUGCAGCCCCCUACAGGAAACCCCAGUGAUGACCUGCGCCUGACCUUCCCUGUACGGGACGGGGUGGUGUUGGAGCCCUUUAGAUUGGAGCACAACCUGGCUGUCAGCAACCAUGUCUUCCAGCUGCGAGACUCCGUGUAUAAGACCCUUAUGUUGAGGUCCGACCAAUUCAUACCUUGUAGCAUCUCAAGAGACUGUGAGUGUGGUCAUAUUUAAC